GGCAGAGCAGUAAAAUCUUACAGCUGACGACUUUGCUCACAUAAUGUCAUUAAGAGCGAAAUCAUUCAUAAAGCGCACAAAGAAGGGGAAUGUCAUCAAAGUCAUCAAAGAGCACUAUCUAAGAGACGAUAUCUGGUGUUCGUCAGCCUUAUGUGAAUCUUGCAAUCACACCGACGCACUCCUCUCAGCAACACCUCGGGCAACAGAGUCGUUCCGUACUCCUCAUUAUAUUGUACCCGAUACAAACGUGUUCAUGAACCAAAUUGAUAUCAUGGAGCAUCCAGCAAUCAAAGAUGUGAUUGUUCUACAAACUGUUCGAGAAGAACUUCGCCAUUUGAGCAUGCCAAUUUAUAACCGUGUCAACGCUAUUGUUGCCGACAAAAAUAAGCGCUUUUAUGCAUUUUCGAACGAGCAUCACAAAGAAACCUACAUUGAAAGAAUGAAGGAUGAAAGCCCGAAUGAUAGAAACGACCGAGCUAUUCGAGUAUCUGUUAAAUGGUACGCUAAUCAUUUAGCGAAUGGCAAGAAAAAGGCACCAAUCACUGUGGUCAUGCUUAGUGAUGACCGAGACAAUCGAGAAAAGGCAAAAUCCGCAGCAAUAAAAUGUAGCUCCGUUCGUGACUAUGUAGCUGAUUUGACGGAUUCUCCUGAGCUGGUAGACAUGGUAGUGUCUGCCAAGGAUGCUUCAGAAGCUCAAGCAAAGGCUGAUGGCAAGAUUGAGUACGAGGAACACUUGAGCCAGGUUCAAAUAGCAAAUGGCGUGAAGAACGGCAAAUUCUCACAAGGUACUCUCAACAUUAGUGGCCACAAUUAUCUGGAGGCUACUGUCAUGGCAACAGUGGAGGGGAAACAACAGAAUGUAUACAUUGUCGGUCGUAAGAACAUGAACCGUUCCAUCCAAGGUGAUACUGUAGCAAUUCAAGUUCUGCCAAAAUCCGAAUGGAAGAAGACAGCAUCUGUAGCGAUAGAGGAGGAUGAAGAUGAGGCCACGGAAAUGAAAGCAGAAAGCGAAAAUACUGACGGAAUGGAUGUUGACAAUGCACUUCCUGAGAUGCCUACGGCCAAAGUGGUUGGAAUCAUCAGAAAGAAAUGGAGACCAUACUGUGGUUUUAUUAGCAAGAAAUCUAUUCACGGCACAGAAGGAUCCACAUCGGCACAAAACGUCAUCUUCCGCGCCAUGGAUCGUCGAAUACCUAGUAUCAAAAUUAGGACUACACAAGCUCAUACUUUAGCCGGGCAAAGAAUUGUUGUAGCUAUAGACUCUUGGCCUACAACAUCUGUCCUUCCGUUAGGACAUUUUGUCAAAACACUUGGUUCAUCCGGUGACAAGGAGACGGAAACUGAAGUUUUGCUACUGGAGCACGAUGUUCCAUUCCAAGAGUUCUCCAAGAGAAUUUUGGAAGAUUUACCUGCAGAAGGCGAAGACUGGGUGGUGUUGGAUAAGCAUGUUCAUAACGAGAGACGAAGAGACUUCCGACAUCUCAAUGUGUGCAGUAUUGAUCCUCCUGGUUGUACGGAUAUCGAUGAUGCUCUACACGUUCGUGCUUUGCCAAAUGGCAACUUUGAGGUUGGCGUUCAUAUUGCUGAUGUUACAUACUUUGUUAAGCCGGGAAUGCCCAUGGAUGAAGAGGCAGCCGGUCGUGGAACGACCGUAUACUUGGUCGACAAACGUAUUGAUAUGCUUCCGUCCUUAUUGGGAACCAAUCUGUGCUCCCUGCGCUCAAACGUAGAAAGGCUUGCAUUUUCAUGUAUCUGGGAAAUGAAUGAAAAUGCCGAGAUAGUCAACGUUGACUUUACCAAAUCGGUUAUCAAAUCCAAGUUUUCCUUCACAUACGAAGAGGCACAAAAUAGAAUCGACGACGAUCGGAUGCAAGAUGAUGUCACAAAGGGCAUUAGGACACUGAAUAGCUUUGCAAAGAAGCUGAAGCAGAGACGAUUGGAAAAGGGUGCUCUUACUUUAGCCUCACCCGAAGUGCGCUUCAAUCUGGAAAACGAUUCUCAAGAUCCUGUGGACGUCGAAUUGAAAGAGUUGAAGGACACCAACGCUCUUGUUGAAGAAUUCAUGUUGUUGGCCAAUAUCUCUGUAGCUGAAAGGAUAUAUUCUAAAUUCCCUGACUCUGCCUUAUUAAGACGACAUCCAACCCCACCCGACUCCAAUUUUGAAGAACUUAGACGAGCUCUUAGUGAGUUCAACAUCAGCUUGGAAACUUCUACAUCUAAGGAAUUAUCCGAUUCUUUAGACCGAGCAGUGAUACCUAGUGACCCAUACUUCAACAAAAUGGUACGCAUUAUGACUACCCGAUGUAUGUUGCAGGCACAGUAUUUCUCGUCUGGAACGGAAGCUGAGCAAGAUUUCCGCCAUUAUGGUCUGGCUUGUCCUAUAUACACCCAUUUUACGUCUCCAAUCCGUCGUUAUUCAGAUGUUAUGGUGCAUCGCUUGUUGGAAGCUUGCAUAGACGCCGAUCUUACUUAUGGACAAGAAUUGACCGAUAAGAUGAGAAUGAAGGAGCUGUGCGAUAAUUUGAACUUUAGAAAUCGCAUGGCACAGCAAGCAGCCAGAAGCUCCGUGGAGUUGUACACCAACUUAUUCUUCAGGAACAAGGUGGUGGAGGAGGACGGUCACGUCAUUCGCAUUUUGAGAAACGGAUUUGUAGUCCUUGUACAAAAGUAAGAUUUUGAUUUAAUUAAUCUAUACUCGAGUUGAUUUGUUAGAGUGUUUUUUAAUGUUUCUAUGUCAUUCAGAUACGGUAUCGAAGGUGUGGUUUACACUUCCGGUGAUCAGGUCACUUCUAAGAACGACAUAGUGUAUGAUCAACACACAAAUUCUCUCACCUCAGGUGAUGCACAAAUCAAGAUAUUUGGAGAAGUUAAAGUUAGAAUUCAAAUCGACGGCGAUCUGGAAGGCAUGAGGCAGAAGAUGAAGAUGAGUCUCAUCAAGCCCUAUAUCGCCGGAUUCUCUGUUGAAGUUGAUGAGCAGGCUCCAAAGGCGUCAAGAUCUAUAGAAUUACCCGAUCACGUUAAGCCUUCUAAGAAGCUCAAGCUGUAAAGCCGUCUGCAGCUUUGAAUGGCGAGCAUAUGUAUUUACAUGUAAUAUCGUAUUAUUUUCAUUCAUCAUGAGAAUAAACUUUAUCCAGUGAGGGGCUUUUUGAAACGGAGAUGUU